AGUAUAGAAGUGGGUGAAUACCACUAACACUGUUCCUUGAGGCGGGCUUCGUCUGUGGUCGUCCUCCUUCGUCCUGAGAGGAGCUGAAAAUGUUUCCCUCGAGAUGGGGAGAAGUGUUUGUAGUGUUGGGCGUGGUGGUGGAGGUGAUGGCCGUCCCCAGCCAAUAUUCCCCUUCCUUUGAUUUCUCCUCCGUGACCUUCGUGAGACAGAGGAGGCAGUUAGAAGAUACAAUAAAUUCUGAGUCAUUGAUUUGUUUGCUUUUGGCAAGCGAUGAUGGUAAAUCCUGUAACUCUUCCCCUGAGAAUCCCCCUUCACCCCUCAAAGCACCCCCAUUACCCGUGAGCCUGCCUCCCGCAAAGCCACAGCCACCAGCGCCUCUCUGCCGCUGCGUCCCCCACUGGCAGUGCAAGGACAACAAGUUAGUCACAGACGUAAAAGGCGAUAGUCUCUCGUCCUUCGCCUUGGACCUGCGAAGUAACCUUGGCUGCGACAACCCCGAAGAGCUGUGUUGUGUGGAGGUGGAUGUCAGCGCCACGCCCCCUACCGUGCCGCCCGUCAUCCCCCUUUGCGGCGAGAGGAACGACCUGGGUGUCGGUAAUACCUUUAUUGGCUUCGAGGACCAACAGUCUCAGUUCGGAGAGUUUCCUUGGACCGCUGCCAUCAUCUCCUCUGGCGGCUCUGUUUCGCCUGAUAAGCCUCUCUUCGUUUGCGGAGGAUCCCUGAUUCACCCACAGGUGGUCCUCACCGCAGCACACACCUUGCUCGACAGCUACACUGCUGACCAACUGAAGGUUCGUCUCGGGGAGUGGAACUUGGCGGGGAAGACGGAGGCGGUGCCUCACCAGGAGAUUCAAGUGAAGGAGGUGCUGCUCCACCCCGACUACCACAAGGUGAAGCAACACUACGACGUGGCGCUGCUGGUGCUGGACCAACCCGCGGUGCUCGGCGCCACUGUUAACACCAUCUGCCUUCCGUCCAAACUUGAGGAGUACGUGAGCGAUGAUUGCGUCGUCUCUGGCUGGGGUAAAAAGGACUUUGACAAGAAAAGCAGAUUCCAAGAGGUGAUGAAGAAGGUGUCGCUGCCCGUGGUGGACCACGCCCAGUGCCAGGCCGCCCUGCAGGGCACGCGCCUGGGGCCUAGCUUCACCCUGCACGACAGCUUCCUCUGCGCCGGGGGGCAGAAGGAGGGUCAGGACGCCUGCACGGGGGACGGCGGCUCCCCCCUGGCGUGUCGCCUGCAGAGUGACGCCCGACGCUACGUGCAGGUGGGCGUGGUGGCGUGGGGCAUCGGGUGUGGGACCCUCGGCGUGCCUGGGGUGUACGCAGACGUGCUGAAGGCGCGGCCCUGGAUCGACCAGGUUAUCAACGAGAAGUUUGUCAACGCCGGGGGGCCGAAGUUAGAGUUGCCGAUUGAUGUGCGGUCCUCCCUAGGAAAGUGAGGCGGAAGUAAUAUUAGUUUUGUUUGUAUGGGAGAGCUGAAAGGAAUAAGGGAUGGAGAGCAAUAUAUUUUAGCAUAAUA